UUAAUGCAUUUAAAAGCUAAAAUCUGCUGCAUUCAUCUGUCAUAUUGGUCUAAGUUUCAAUACUUGUGCCUAGUUAAGUUAUUUAGGUCUAAUAAGUCAGUUAACUUAAAAAUAAAUGUUAGUUUUUUUAAAACGAGUGAAGGGCCUUAAGAUUCUCCUGUUAUGUAUUCUCCUGUUAAUCUUCUGUCCUGUUGAGAGUUUAUUAAAUAUAGUUUGUUUUUAGUUUUUCUGUCAGCAUAGUUGUUAUUGAAGCACAUUGGUUGUGUAUUUACCAGGCAGCUCUGCUUUAUUAUCGGCCUCUUACACCAAACGGUGUGACUGAGUGUAAAUAGUGCGGAGUGUGUCACGUCUUAUCUUAAAGCCACGCAGCUCAUUAACCUGUUUGUGAGCUGAUUGAUAGCAGAUCACGAGGUCCCAGCAGCACGAGUCCUCUGACUCACUCUUUAUCUUACACCUUAUUACAGGGACUCUGACUGGAUGCUCAGUAAUGUCCUGGAAUAGUCCGGACUGACUCACAAUAGGCCGCCAUUAAUAAACAUCCUGUCAACAGGAAAGCAGAGCAGCUCUGACUGUUACAUGAGGAGUCAGAUAUCAGGUCUGUCUCCGUCCAGCAGCGUCCUCCUUAUCUCAUGUUGUCUGUAGUUCCUGAUCAUAUCUCACAGCUUACUCUAUCUCUGCAGCUAUAUUUAACUGGUUAUUAACCCUCUGGAGUCUCCAAAGCAUUCAGACAUCUUCAAAAUGACCAAAAAAAGACACAAAAUGACUAAAAAAAGACACAAAAUGACAAAUCAUUCAGACUUGUUGAUGCCAUCCAGACUAGAAAACAAAGCAGCAAAAAAAGACACAAAAUGAACAAAAAAAGACACAAAAUUACUUACAAAAGACACAAAAUUAGAAGACUAAAUGACCAAAAAAGACACAAAAUGACUUAAAAAGAGUUGAUGACAGGAUCACACACAAUUUCUUUUCACACGUUUCUUUUUGGUUCUAAAUUUUGAUCCAGUAAGUCAGAAUAAAAAAUCUAUUAUUAUCAGGUCAUAUAGGUGAAAAACAUUUUUUAAAACAUAUUUUAAGUGGUGAAUACAGGCAGGAUGAAAAUGAUUCAGACAUGGAUUCAAUGGCCCAAAUCUCCAUGGAGUUAAAAACACUGAAAUAUUUCUUUGCUUUACUUUUGUAUGUUUAUAUGAAACAAGUUAGAAUUUUGCAAUUUUUCCUGCAUAUUUCCACAGGCUGUAGUAUUCUAAUGUGUGUGUGCUGUGUGAUUCUGUAAGCCAGUGCUCAGUUUGAUAGAGAAUUGUGUUGAAAGUCAUCCCUGUUUGAUUUCCUGUAACUCAAUAGCAGUGGGUAAAACUAUUUGUGGCUCCUGGAGCAGCAGAAACAUUAGCUGCAUAGCUGCAGCAGGAAGUGGAGGCUCGGGGAGAUGGAAGAGUUUAAGAUGCAGCCGAGCCGCUAACAUGUUGUUGUUUUCUCCAACCGAGUGGACAGGAAGUAGAGGAGCAGCUGGAGCUCACAGCAGCUGCUGGAUAUCAGCAGGGACAGGCAGCUACGCUAGGCUAGGCUAGGCUAAGCUAAGCUAAGGUUAUAGAGCAGGCAGCAGUGAAGCUCCGUCCUCCAGCUUUACUGUAUUUAGUUGAGUGUUUGAAGCCCUGAGGGGCUCUCCUGGUCUCUCCUGGUCUCUCUGGUUUCAGCUCCUGUUUGGGUCAUUCUCCCAACAGAACCACUGACCUCCUCCGGCUGAAGGCUGAGAUCAGCCUGCACAGGAAUGCAGCUUGUCACCAGAGCUAUUUUGGCUAAUGAUUGUGAUCACAGAGCAGCUCCAGUAGCUUAGCUUGGCUCUCUUCCUGCAGCCAGUCAGCCCUGCUGCUGCUGCUGCUGCAGGACUAGAGAGUUAAACUGAUGGCGCGCCGCCUCCGCUUGAACUUUGCGUCCAGGAGAAGCAGCACGGACCCUCUGUCAGAGAGCCUGAGCAGCCACGGGGAGGAGGAGAGAGGAGUCUCAGCCCACAGCUCGCUCCAGCUGAAGGUGACUCCUCCUCCGGCUCCAGACGAGGCUCACCUGCAGCGCUACUCCUCCCUCCUGGUGCCCAGGGUCCGGCUCAGCGCCGGGGGAGGCAACAGGAAGAGCGUGGUGCAGAUCUCCCUGCAGCCCUGCGGGAGGCAGAGCGGAGAUCUGGAUGGAGGUGUAGAGGAUGGGGAGGCGGGGCCCGGAGAAGGAGGCGCGGGCUCUGACUCCUGCAGCAGCAGCAUGGCUAGCGACGGCGGCUACUGUAGCAGCAGCAGCAUCUUCGAUCCAGACGACAAACAGAGGAGCAGCCAGGAGAAGGAGAAGAGUCUGAGCUGCUGGAGCUCCUCGGCUCCUCUCAGACGCUGCUCCUCGCUGGUCAUCUUCCCCAAGAGCCCCUGCUGCACCCCCCCCUCCUCCCCAGUCCACCCAGUGGCCCUGCCAGCUCUCCCAGCAGCCAGGCCUCCUCCUCCUCCUCACUCUUCAUCUCUUCACUCUCCUGCUGGCGAGCUCCCUCCAGACCAGGAGGAGGUGCCGUGCAGAGGGAAAGGAAGCAGCUCAGCUGAGAGUCGGGACUCCAAACACAUGGUGCACUUUAAUAUUCCUCUGCAGGAUGAACCUGAAGGCAACAUGGAGGACAGGAGUGAACCUCGGGGAGCGUCUCCGGCUGUCGACAGAUCAAACCGCCACUCCAGCAGCGUGCUGCUGCACUUCGCCCACCAGAGACCAACCAUGGGAACCACCACGCUGAACGUGGAAUAUCCUGAGGAGAAGCCAGAGUCUCAGCCGGAGGACGGACUCAAGCCUCGGCAGAAACUCUACCGGAGCACCUCCGCCUGUUUGUUCUCCUCCUCUAAAGCCCCGGAGAGGAACUCUAAGGGCUGUUUGUCAGGAAAAGGCCCGGAAAGGCCUGAGGAAAACUAUUGUCAUCGGGCCAUUCAAAGGAGCUUUUCCCUGGAAGUUCCCUACGCCAACACCGGGAUUUCAUGUCACGUUUCCAACCCUAAACUCAGCAGCCCUCACUCUCCUCAUGUGCACAUUCAUUUAUCUCCGUUCUGCCCAGCCAGGGCUCCUCAUACCUCUCUUACUGAUGUAAACACAAGCAGCAAAGGGGAAGUUAAAGCUGCGAGCACCAAGACCCGUGAUGACUUCCUGGGUCAGGUGGACGUCCCUCUGAACCAGAUCCCGACAGAAAAUCCUAAUUCAGAAAGGCCAUACACAUUCAAGGAUUUUCUGCUCCACCCGCGCAGCCACAAGUCCAGGGUCAAAGGUCACCUGCGACUGAAGAUGACGUACCUGCCGAAGACCAACCCGGGGUCAGAGGAGGACGCCGCCGAGCAGAACGACGACUCAGACCCCAGCUGGGAGUUCCUGGAGGCCCAGGACAUGUCGGGGCCCAGACAGAGCCAGCUGCUGCCGGCGCUGCCUGCUGGCUGGGAGGAACGCCAGGACAACCUGGGGAGGACCUACUACGUUAACCACGAGAGCAGGACCACCCAGUGGCUGAGACCCACCGCCCAAGACCCUGAGGUGGAGCUGCAGAGGAGACAGAACAAUAAUAUGGACGUGGAACACGCUCUGAUCGCCCGCAGGCAGAUCUCCGACCACGACGACAACACACGGGAGUCUCCAGAGAGCUGGGAGAUGAUCCCGGAGGACGAGUCCACCUUGUACAGCAGUAACCAGGUCUUGUCCCCGCCCCCCCACGGCCCGGCCGAGUUCUACCCGUUCUGUGAAGAGCUGAGGAACACUCACAUAUCUUCAUCCUCCUCUGGAGAGCUGCGCUCCUCACAGACCGAUCAUGUCAGUAAUUCAAGCCAUUCCAGUGUGAGAGGAGGAGGCCACAGCUCCUCAGGGGAGGAGCAACCAGUUCAUCCUGUGCUGCUGCCCACCUCUGCAGGUCUUCCUGCAGGCUGGGAGGAGAAACGAGACCAGAAAGGAAGACGCUACUUCGUCAACCACAACAGCAGAACCACGUCCUGGACACGCCCCGUCAUCCAGAGAACCUCAGAGUCUCCAGCAGCUCAGAGCGCUGCAGGUCCUGGUUCUGGUUCAGGUUCAGGUUCUGGUUCUGGUUCAGGUUCAGGUUCAGGUCCUGGUCCAGGUCCUCGUCAGAGCCCGACCCCUCCCCUCCCCCUGUCGUCCCCUGAGGACUCCCCCCAGCACCCCCCGGGCCCCGAGGCCCCCCAGGACUCUGGCUUCCUGCCGACUGGGUGGGAGGUCCGCAGCGCCCCCAGUGGGAGACCCUUCUUCAUAGACCACAACACCAAGACCACCACCUGGGAAGACCCCCGGCUAAAGAUUCCUGUUCAGAUGAGGAGGAGACCCUCUCUGGACCCGUCAGACCUGGGCCCUCUGCCGCCUGGCUGGGAGGAGAGAGUUCACACUGACGGGAGGAUCUUCUACAUAGAUCACAACACCAGGACCACCCAGUGGGACGACCCCAGACUACAGAACUCAGCCAUCACUGGACCAGCUGUGCCUUAUUCCAGAGAUUAUAAACAGAAGUAUGAUUACUUCAGGAAGAAGCUGAAGAAACCGGCUGACAUCCCGAACCGCUUCGAGAUGAAGAUGAGGCGGGGGGCGGUGCUGGAGGACUCGUACCGACGCAUCCUGUCGGUGAAGCGGGCCGACCUGCUGAAGGCCAGACUCUGGGUGGAGUUUGAGGGGGAGAAGGGUCUGGACUACGGGGGCGUGGCCAGGGAGUGGUUCUUCCUCAUGUCCAAGGAGAUGUUCAACCCGUACUACGGACUCUUUGAGUACUCCGCCACAGAUAACUACACGCUGCAGAUUAAUCCUAACUCAGGUUUAUGUAACGAGGAUCACCUGUCCUACUUCAAGUUCAUCGGCCGGGUCGCGGGGAUGGCAGUCUACCACGGCAAGCUGCUGGACGCGUUCUUCAUCCGUCCGUUCUACAAGAUGAUGCUGCAGAAGCCCAUCACGCUGCAGGACAUGGAGUCAGUGGACAGUGAAUACUUCAACUCCUUGAUGUGGAUUCUGGAGAACGACCCGACAGAACUGGACCUGAUGUUCACCAUCGACGAGGAGCUCUUUGGACAGACUCACCAACAUGAUCUGAAGCCUGGAGGAUCAGAGAUCGUCGUCACUAACGACAACAAGAAGGAAUACAUCCAUCUGGUGAUGCAGUGGAGGUUCGUCAACAGGAUCCAGAAACAGAUGACGGCCUUCAAAGACGGAUUCUUUGAGUUGAUUCCACAGGAUCUGAUUAAGAUCUUUGACGAGAACGAACUGGAGCUGUUGAUGUGUGGACUGGGAGACGUGGACGUCAACGACUGGAAAGCAAACACCAAAUACAAGAACAGCUACAACUCCAACCACGCCGUCAUCCAGUGGUUCUGGAAGACGGUGCUGCUGAUGGAUGCAGAGAAGAGAAUCCGACUGCUCCAGUUUGUGACGGGAACCUCCAGAGUCCCCAUGAACGGCUUCGCUGAACUCUACGGCUCUAACGGACCUCAGCUGUUCACCAUCGAGCAGUGGGGAACACGAGACAAACUGCCCCGAGCUCACACCUGCUUCAACAGACUCGACCUGCCGCCCUACGAGUCCUUCGAGGAGCUGAGGGAGAAACUCCACAUCGCCAUCGAGAACGCUCAGGGCUUCGACGGGGUCGACUAGAGACCAGAGACUAGAGACUAGAGACGGGGUGGACUAGUCCUGGUCCUCUAGUCCCUGGUGGUCCAGGAGGAUUCAGGACCUGGACUCUGGGGGUCUAAAGUUUACAAACCUUUGAAACCUUAGAAAACUUUAGCUUCAUCUGGACUGAAUCGCCUCAGAAACAUCACAUCUCUAUGUAAAAUCAGUCGAGUUGAGUUGUUUCUCUUUAGAAAUCCUUCACACACACAGUUAGUGUUUAAGAGGACCAGGUCAGAAGACCUGCUCCACAUGAGGACCAGGUCAGAAGACCUGCUCCACAUGAGGACCAGGUCCGAAGACCUGCUCCACAUGAGGACACCAACAACACAACUCAUGCAGCGUGUCUCCUCUAGUGUCCAUUUAAUGUUUUAAAGUGUCUGAAGUCCCUUUAAACGUUCCAUCGGCUCGACUGGAACAAUAAUAAAUAGAAAACUGUUUUUUUUUAAAUGACACAUGAAGCUUUUUCAGCGUUCUCCACUGAACAUGAUGUGAAUCAGAAAAUAUCAUAAAACUACAUUAGUUAUGAAUAAAACACUUUGACAACAGAAAUCACAAAGAAACUAGAAACUAGAACCUUUAAACUAAAGUCUCAGCUGGAGGUUCGACUGGUUCACACAUUUUAUAAACUCUUGUUAUUGGUGGAGCUGAGCUCUGAUUGGCUGACGGCUGGGCAGGCUCCGCCCCCAACACACUUUAAUGAGUGAAUUAUGAGAAAUCAUAAGGUUGUUGGUUCCACUAUGACAUUAUUAUUAUUAUUGCAUUACACUGAUGACAGCUGCUGCCCAUUA